AUGUCUUCAUUGUCGUACUCUCAACUUAUGUCCAGCAAGCGGAAGCGCGUUCCGGAUGCAGAAGCUGUAACCUCUAAUGGUGAAGGGCAUACUGCCGCAAUGGAAAUAGAACUUAAUGAACACAAGAAGUCAAGAAUGGAUCAGGUAGACACCCCUCCUUCAAAUGUUGUCCACAUUCGAAGUCUUCCUGCAGAUGCUACCGAACAAGACGUUACACUACUGGCGAUUCCCUUCGGCUUUUUGAAGAAUAUGGUGUUGUCAAAGCGAAGUAGUCAGGCUCUUAUCGAAAUGGAACUUCUUGAGAGUGCCAUGGAUAUGGUGGAAUACUAUCAAGAGUUCCCAGCCAUACUGCACGGUCGUCAGCUCGUUCUACAAUUUUCAAAACAUCCACAUUUGGAGUUAAAGGCAGAAAAUGCCAUGGUGAACCAAGCUAUUCAAAGGGCGAAUUCGGUUGUACAGCAGGAUCUUUCUGGAGCUAAUCAAGGGAAUCCGAAUACAGUUCUUCGAAUCAUCAUUGAGGACAUUAUGGACCAGCAAAUCAAUCAUAUUAUCAUUUAUAAAAUCUUCCAUAGGUUUGGGAAGAUCCUCCGUGUUAUUAUUUUUCUAAAGAACGACCAUUAUCAAGGUUUUAUCGAGUUCGAAAAUCACUUGCAAGCUUUUGUGGCCAUGUUGCAUUUAAAUCGUCAAAAUAUCUAUACUGGAUGCUGCCACCUCUCGGUAGAGUUUUCUAAAAAUCGUGGUCCUCUUGAAAUCCGUCAGGAGAGUCAGAAGUGUCGUGAUUACGUUCUUAACCCGUUAACAGAAGAAGAAUUGAUGAGUCUCCGUAGGCUUCCAUCAGCUGGAAUGUCCAACAACAUGUCCCAUAGCGGUGGGCACGGCCAAGGCGGUCAUGCCUUCGGCCCGAAUUCUGCUGUUGCUGCUGCAAUCUCGCAAUUUGCUGGUACGGCGGGUGGUCCGACCAUGCUGCAUCCGCACCAACAGACGCCUACUGCUAUGCCACCCGCCUGGGUAGCUGCAGCGGCCAACAACAACGCCUGUCGAAUGACAGAAUUCACUACCCAACUUAUGGCACUUGCCCAACAAGCCGGCUUGCAACUUACUCCUGCCGCUGCAGCUGCCACCGCUAGCUUUAUGUCGCUUUCGGCGCAGAGCGGUGCAGCAUUUCCUAACACAGCGAACGGAGCAACUAUUAAUCCUACCAUGGCAUCCCUUCUGGCCUUCUCGGCUGCGGCUAAUAAUGCGGCUGCCAACCAGGGUCAGUCUGGCAGUGGCCGUGCUGGAGGCGGAAGCAGUCAGUUUUCAGGUGCAGGGUCGGUUUCACAGUCUGUUACUGCUCUGCAAAAACUCACUGCAGCACAAGCAGCGGCAGCUGCUGCUCAGACAUCCUCCUUGGCGAUCCGUUUGCCUCUCAACAAUAAUGGGAGUACCGUUCUCAUCGUCUCUAACCUCAACGAGGAGCGAGUGUAUCCGGACGCCUUAUUUACCUUAUUUGGCGUUUACGGAGAUGUGGUGCGCGUGAAGAUCAUGUUUAACAAAAAGGAUACCGCUCUCAUUCAGUUCAGUGAUUCCCAGCAGGCCAUACUGGCUAUGCAGUAUUUAAACCAAAAGGUGCUUUGGGGUCAGCCAAUGAAGAUAGCUAUCUCGCGUCACAACUAUGUGCAACUGCCAAAGGAAGAUAAGGACAAUCACCUGACCAAGGACUACUCCAACAAUCUACUUCAUCGGUUCAGAAAGCCUAAUUCGAAAAAUUACCAAAACAUUUAUCCUCCAAGUCAUGUUCUUCAUCUAAGUAACAUCCCCCCAAGUGUUACAGAGGAUGACGUCCGGUCGCUUUUCCACUCGAAGGGCUUUGAUGUGGUGGGGUUCCGUUUUAUGCAAUUUUAUCAGAAACAUCCUGAUCAAGCGAAGGACAAUAAGAUGGCUCUCGUACAGUUAGACAGCGUUGAAAGUGCGAUGGAAGCCCUCAUAGUAAGUCACGUUGGUAUCUGA